AUGAGAAACUUUCCAAGUUUGACGCAUCGCUCGCCCAGGGCCGUGAAGCUGUCAUCUCGACCAUCGUCUCCGGCGCAAACGAACGGCAUCGUCACUAGUCGCACAUUUGCUCGCGCAUUCGCCGAUAUAAAGCGGCCACCUACUGCGCCCAAGCCGAUUAUCGACAUUAGGCGUAUCCGGGAAAAUCCAAGUCUUUUUGAAAAAAAUUGUCUCGACCGGAACUACGCUGUCCAGAGCAAGAGCCCGGCACGCAUCAACGAAAUAUUCACACAAUGGCAGGCUCUUCAGAAAGACAGCCGGGCCGUGCGAGAAAAGUCCAAUCUCCUCCGUCGUCAGAUCGCCAAUCCCGCCUCCGUCCGCGACGAUGCCGACUUCGUCACCUUGAAGGAUAUGUCUCGUGGACAACUUCUUGAAGAAGCUCGGUUGCUGAAGCAAAGUUUGUCGGUAGUCGAGCAGAAUGAGGCGAAGCUGGUCGAAGAAAUGGAAAGCCUCGCUCUGGGUAUUCCAAACCUCACCAGCGAGGUUACUCCUGUUGGCGAUGAACCGCUGUUGCUAAGCUACAUAAAUGACCAUCCUAUUGAGCCCUCUAGUGCGUCUGACACAGUCUGGAGGUCUCACAUCCACAUCGGAUCGGAACUCGGCUUACUUGACUUUGCCGCCGGCGGCACCACCUCAGGAUGGGGGUGGUAUUAUCUCCUGGACGAGGCGGCACAACUAGAGCAAGCUCUCGUUCAGUACGCUUUGGCUGUAGCUACCAAGCACGGCUGGCGCCAAGUCUCACCGCCGAGUAUCGUCUACAGUCACAUGGCCUCGGCAUGCGGGUUUCAACCGCGAGACCAGAAUGGCGAGCAGCAAAUCUAUGCCCUCGCACAAUCUCAGGACGACGUAGAAAGGGGCAAGCCGGAGCUCAGUCUUGCCGGCACUUCGGAAAUUCCUCUUGCCGCUAUGAAAUCAGACACAACGCUGGACGCUUCGGAGUUGCCAAUGAAGAGGGUUGCCGUCUCCCGAUGCUACCGAGCCGAGGCCGGUGCUCGCGGUGCCAACACCAAGGGACUUUACCGUGUUCAUGAGUUCACAAAGGUUGAGAUGUUUGCCUGGACAAGCCCGGACGCCGACGAAACGGGUGAUGUUUUUGAGGAAAUGCUCGAUAUUCAGACGGAGAUUCUCGGUUCCCUUGGCUUGCACUGCCGCGUCCUCGAAAUGCCCACUGCCGACCUCGGUGCUUCGGCCGUUCGGAAAUGCGACAUGGAGGCAUUUUUCCCAUCUCGCCAAGAGUUGAAUGGCGGUUGGGGCGAAGUCACUUCUGCUAGCAUAUGCACCGACUAUCAGACCCGACGACUUGCUACCAGGGCCAAGAUUAACGGUAAACUCACGUUCCCGUGGACCGUCAACGGGACCGCCCUCGCUAUUCCAAGAGUGUUGGCGGCACUCUUGGAGGUGGGAUGGGAUGAGAAGGAUAUGUCUGUUGUUAUUCCGGCUUGCCUACGUCCAUGGAUGGAUGGGAAGGAGAAGAUUGUGCGAGAGAAUGUUUCGUCGUUGUGA